AUCACGUUCAUUGAUUCUUUGUUCAAUGUAUUGCGCACUGUUUACAUAUUACAGGAAACAGUAACCUAAUUUCACGGAGUUAAGAUAUACUGUACUGUCGAUUGGUCAACAAAACGAAAGCUGUUUCUUGAUUGGCUGAUUCUGCGCAUGCGAUUUCGGUGAAACCCUCGGAAGCACAAGCCGAUCUUCCGAGAGAUGUCCAGUAGUGCUCGACAGCGGACUGCGCGACUAUUCGCUAUUCAAGGUCAAGGGUACCCGAAACUUGAUCACGACCCAGGAGGUGCCGCCGCCGCCUCACACGUCGGCGCCAUGGCGUCACACGCAUUUCCGUCGGACUCGGAGACGGAGGGAGAUGAAGGCAUGACGCCCGUGUUGGUUGACGAGCUCACUGGCAUCAACAGAACAUUGGAGAAACAAAUCGAGACUCUCCGUCUUAGACUGGACUUUGAUUCCCGGCAUCACGAGGCGGAGAAACACGCUUUGUUGGUUGAGACGGGAGCCAAACUGAAGGCAAAAACGGAGGAGAUCGAUAUAAUGAAGAACCAGUUGAUCGCCAAGGAUUCUAAAGUGAAGGAAAUAGAAAAGGACAACGAAAGGAAGUCUAAUGAGAUCAGUGCACUGCGGCGUGAGAUAGAAACUUUGAAUAACGACGUGGUGGGUGCUAAGGCUUACGCCAAUGACCUGAUGUCGCAGAUGAGUGCACUGACCCGGGAGAAAGAAAAGCUUGAGCGCGAGGGGGUGUUCGGUGACAAAGAACUGGAAAUGCUGGCGCUAAGGAAGGAGGUCAGUGACCUCAAGUCCAACCUAACGAUGCUUGAGGAUGAGCUUAGCAAGGCGCGAGACCUCAUAGCAACACAGGGAAACAAACUGAAACUGGUCGACAGCGAUAAGAAGUCACUGCAGUUCAAGUUCAAAGAAGAACUCGCCCGCGUUUCGCAUUCGAUGCGGAUGGAGGUAGAGCGCAUGCGCGACGUCAUGAAGAAACAGUGGGAAGAGAUGCGAUCGCUGAGGGAGCAGAACUUCAGUAUGAGCAAGGACAUCAAGGACAUCCGCAGUCUGCUCAUCAACGGUUGCCUUGACGACGAUUCCAAACUGCAGCAACAGCAGGAAGAGGGUCAAGGUCAUCCACAAGGUAACACAACUGUUCCCGGUCAGUUUGCCUCGGCCCACCAGGUGGCGUUGCCGCAGACUGCACGUGGAAGCAAGCAGACGACGAACGGCUUCAACAUGGGUGCGCUUAAACCAUCGCUUCCAGUUCUAAAUAAGGAAAGCGGCAAAAAGACGACAAAUCGAAGAAAAUAAUCAAAUCGCAUAUAGUGUUUGUUCACAAAUGACUUAAGUGAUCUAAGACAAAGUGUUUUACAUGAAUCAAUGUAACAUCGAUUUGUUGUUAUUUGUAGUACUUAAUUUUUUAGUGUGGGCAAAAUCAAUCAGAGUUACGCCAGUAAACUUAUAUAUAUCGAUCAUUUAUAUUAACGUGAAUCACGUGCUUCUGGGAGAAAUAAUUAGACGAUUCGGGCGUUAAUUGCUUGAAAACAGUUAAUAUGAUUAACGUC